CGCGGGUCGCUUCAAUAACAGAUGUCCUUGGUAAGAAUCGUAUGUUAUGAAAUUCACCUUGUUUGUGGGUUUUGGUCGUAAUAGACUUUAAAGUCUUUAGUUCCAAAGAAACUAUUAUCCCGUAAUGUUUGAUAGUCUUUCACGUAUCGGGGAUACAUUUGCGCGGCUACCUUUCUUAUUCUUUGUCGAAUUAGUAGCAACAAAACGUGUUACCUUUCUUUAUGAUUAUUGGAAACUUUAUUCUAAUUGGAUAACAUCAAUUUGUCCAUCUUGUUUGUGUCCAGAUGAAUCUCAUAUCAGGUUUAUUAUAUCAAUCGCUUUCAUUAUAUGCGCAAUCACUUCAGUUAUCUACAUUAAAGGCAUUUUCAUUGUUGUAUUUAUUGUAACAAAUCUUUUUCUUAUUUAUAUCAUGUUCAUGAAUUAUAUGUCGUUAUUAUACACAAUCACAUUACCGACAUCUUCAUCCGCUUUAACCUCUUCUUAUUCUUCUUCUUCUUCGCCCGCCUCCGCUUCCGUCUCCGCCGCGAUUUAUUCCUUCUUGUCAUCAUCACCUUCAUCGUCAUCUUCACUGACAGUACUUAUACGAUGGCAUUGUCUGUUAGGCUGUUUAUUACUUCUUACUUCACUUUUAUUCAUGUUUAUUCAUUCAAUAUUUCGACGUAUACCAUCAUAUAAAUAUAUGAUUAUUACAAUUCUUUAUCUAUCUAUUCUACUUAUCUCUUCAUUACCUAUUCUAAUUAAAUUUUCAUCAAUAGAUUGGACAAAAUCUGAACAAAUUAAAUCAACAACACUACCUAAUCGAUAUUAUUCAUUUCAUCCACGUAUUAUUCAUGCUAAAUUGAGUAUGAGUAGUAAUAAUAAUAAUAGCAACAAUAAUGAUAAUUAUUAUUAUAAUCAUUUUUCACCAACUUGGUUAUUUUAUAUGUAUACCAUGUUUAAACCGAAUUGUUGUGUCAAAUCAUCACUGUCUUCUACAUCUAGCAUAGAUUGUAAUUGUCAAUCAAUUUGUCUAUUUCAACCGAUUCAUUUAUUGUCAUCUGUAUCAUUGAAUAAUGUCGCGAUCAGUAAUGAUGAUGUUGGUGUUGGUGAUGUUCAUGAGAAUCAAUUCAUUAUUAUCUCUCAAUCCAUAUAUCAAUGCGACCUGAUCUUAUCAACAUGUUCUUAUGGUUUAUUUAGUAUAUAUCUGCUAUUAUUGCUGUAUUGUUUAAGUAUAACAGAUAUUUAUGAAAUAUUUAUGUCAUGUAUUGAUAUAGAAUUAGAAUUAUAUCGUAUUGGUCUAGUGGAUUAUAUGACAUUUCAUUGGAAUCGAUUAAAUGUACCACAAAUUCUAAUGUAUUUUUGGUCAUUCAAAGUAAUGUCUGUUAUUGUAUUCGGUUCAAUGUAUUGGAAAAUUAUACCCACUGGUGAUAUGAAUGUAGAUAAAAUCUCAGCAAAAUUAUUCAACUCAUCUACAUUAAGUGAUUAUAAUAAUUUGAAUAUAACAAAUCAAUCUACAUUAUCACUGUUGUAUACAAGAUUAUUUGUUGGCCUAUUUGUACAUGGUUCCGAGACAUGGUUAUCAGUAUGUGGUGCAGCGGCAUUUUUUGGUGCGCUAGCUACAAUAUUUGUUUCAAUGUUAGUCUUUUUAUUAGAUCCAUCCGGUACAGGUACAGCUCGUUUAGCCGGUGUAGUCGCUGAAGCACCAGCUGAUCCACAUGCAUGGAAUGUUAUUGAUGAUCCAGCAUUGGCAUUAGAUCAAAAUGAUGUGAUUGCUUUGGAAUUAUUAGCUAGUACUGGAUGGAAUUGUGCUGUUGUAUUUUUAUUUUUAGCUUUUCAAUCCGAUAUGCCUAAUCUUCCACCAGUUUAUCGUGCAUCAUGCUUUAUGUAUGGUAUUAUGGUAUUGGUGAUUGCGUGUAUACAUCCCAUUCAAGCAUUGAUUAAAUCAUUUUUAUUACGUCUUGGUGCACCUGGUCAACAAACUAAUUGGUCAGAACAUAUUAGACCAUUAUGUUUUUGUAUUGUGCUGAUUAUUGCUGCAUUCAAUAUGUUUACUAGUCUACCGAAAAUAUUAACCAAUGACAAGUUGGAAUAUAUUCGUCAUAUGAAUCAUAGUGAAGAGAAUACAUCCUAUUUAGCUGUCUUAUCACAUAUUGGUUCAUCGGAGGAAGCUAUACUGGCAAGACGAUUAAGAAUAUUUUUGAGUGGUUGUCAAUUAUUAAUUAGUUUAUUGGUUACAUUGAUUGAAUAUGCUAUUUAUCAAUAUUCAUAUCGUUAUCCUAAUUGGACUGGGUUUCAACCGACAAUAUUUUGGACAAAAGUGAUUAGUUCAGUAAUUGAUUAUUUUAUUUCAUUAUUAUCAUUUCUCACUGUAUGUUGGUUGGUAUUCUAUGAUUCAUUUGGUCUAUGUCGUCUAUUUAUUAUAUGUUGUUAUUUCACAUUAGUUUUAUAUCCAUCUGCACGUAGAGCAUAUGUAUGGAUGAAAUGGCGUUUAUUAUGCACAAAACGUAUGAAUGAUUUAGUGAAUCCAAAUAAAUUACAAUUAGAACGUUAUGGGGAUACAUGUCCAAUAUGUUUUGCUGAAAUGACUAUUACAACAGCGAAAAUUACUCGUUGCGGUCAUUUGUAUCAUUCAGAAUGUCUUAUACAAUGGAUGAAGCAUAAAUUAACCUGUCCAAUAUGUCAAUCAGAUUUAUUAUCAACUAGAGUUACAAAUAAACGACGUGAAGCAACAACAACUACUAAUACUACUACUACCAGUAGUAGUAGUAGUAAUGGUUCAUUGCAAGAACACAUAGAUGCGGGAAUCGAAUAAAAUUCAGUUGACCACACAUACACGAACACAAAUCCAGAAUGCUCAGAAUGUACAACUUUAUUUAUUAUUAUUGUUAUUGUUAUCAUUAUUAUUAUGAUUAUCAUAAUCUUUUCACUGUGUCAACCCUUUCCAUAAUAAAAAAAUCAAAGCAGAUAAAACCAACUAACCAAACCAAGGAGAGUGAUCAUCCCUUCAAUAAUGAUAAUAAUGUAAAUGAAAAAUUGUUAAUUAUUUUUAAUGCCUUCACUGGAAAAAACUGUACACAUUAAAUUAAGUAAUUUUGUUUUGUUUUUUUUGUUGGUUUUUGUUUUAAAGAAUUAAAAAAAAAAUAUGGAAGGCAUUAUUGAGUUGAAACGCCCGCCAAAAACAAACAUCUGCGUGUGUGUGUGUGCAUGUGUGUACGUGACUUAUUGUUAUCACAUUCGCACACACAUACACACAAACACACAUUAUAUUAUAUUAUAGUAGUACAUAAACAGAGAGAAAAAUGUACACUACAUUUUUUUCGACAUGUAAUAUGUCUAUUUUUGCAAGAUGAAGAAAAAAUAAACGAAAAU